CUAGGACGUCAAAGUCUUCACCGAAGCGCACGCUGUCAGUGGAGUGUGCAGUGUUGUUUGCCUAUAUCCGACCGCCUGCAGAGACUCGUAGUAGGCAGGUGGACUACCGUGCUGUAUCAAUUAGAGAGUGGCGCUUCAGAGAGGUGAAGCUUAGUUGAUCUCGCUCUUCAACUAUUUUACUGGACUUCUGGUUAUCUCUGAUCACGGGAGUAGGCUUGAACUUGACCGGGAUAGGUUUAUAUCAAGGCUGCGUUGUAACAACGUGAACUGCGUUUUCCACUUUUGUCACGGAAACAAUCUACCAGUCUGUGACCCCAUGUUCGUCGUAUUUUACAUUAUGGGGAACAUGGAAAUGUUUUAGCACCUAGUAGCGAUUGGAUAGGAAGUGUAUAUUUAUUUCUUUUAAGUGGGCUGUUAUAUGGAGAACGAUGGCUCAGGAAUGCACGACAUUGCCUUCUAAGUGUGCUCUUCUUCUUUUGGUCACAGCCUACCAGGUCCUGUCCAGCAGCGCCUGCCAUCCCCACUAUGACUACAUCAUCUCGGAGCUCUGUCUGACCAAGUUCUCCUACGAGAUGCAGGAGCUGGAUCAAAAGCUCUGGUGCAGCUGGGACGACACUGUGGAGCUGUACGGCUCCCUGACCAACUGCACGUUCCAGAUAGCCUUGUCCGUGGGCUGCUUCUGGCCCAACCAGAAGGUGGACGAGUUCUUCAUCAACGUCCACCGGGACUACUUCAAGGACUGCGCCCUGACCGGCCGGCUGCCCCACGACCCGCCCAAUCACAUCCUGGGCCCCUUCAUCGCCGUGCCCGUGCUCAUCACCUUGCUCAUGACUGCCCUGGUGGUGUGGAGGAGUAAACGCAGCCAGGGUGUCAUGUAGAUUUGAACCUCUCCGGGGUCCCUUCGUCCAGUAGCAUGCCACAGGGGGCCUGCAGGAAACGGUCUCCCUACACAUCCGGACUGGAAAGGCAACCCGAUGCUUGACCUCUUGUCAUCUAAUCACAGUGAACGGGAUGGAACGAUGCGUUUGUCCUGCUGAUGGGAUACAAAUCUGACCUAGUAAUCUUUACAGAUGGACAAGGGGGAAAAAAAGGCAAUAGUUAUACUACAAAUCAAGCGUUAUGUUACGUUACGUAAGAGAAGGACUUUGAUGUCCCUUUGAAUCUGUUCCCAAUCUUCAACAUAGCUAAAAAUAACUGUAGGCUCAUUACUGCUGGUGGUAGGAGUAGUAUGACAUUUCAACUCCCCAAAGCUGCUGAUCGCCAUUGCUCUAUUUUUGCCUGUCCGAACAGCCCUCCCACCAACACCCCAGGCCCCCAAUUAAAGUGCAUUCUUGGCUCAUUGCGCAGUGAUGUUUGGCAGGGGUUCUCUUACUGACGACGAAUACCAAAAAACAACACAGCUGUGGCCCUGGAAGAAGGGAGUCGCGCUAUAGAUCCACCGGAAAAGAAGUGUCCGGUCAGGACUGUCCAGUGAAAGAAGAACUAGCAACCCACGUCAGACGCAUUUGGUGUUGACCCCUACAUGUGGGCUACAGUGUGUGAUUCUGGCUCAAGGCUUCCAAUAUUUUAGCUCAAGGGCCAAUCAAUCAACAAUCAAUCACUCAUCCCUUGAAUACUCUGGUAGGAAUGUGUUUAAUGGCUGAAACUGAUUAGGGUACAGCCUGAGCAAAUAUUUAUAUGAUUGUUUCCCAUUUACAGAGCCAGCACUAUACAGUAUACAAACACCAAAGUUUUGUAUUUAACCACAGAACAGCUACAGCAAUUCACUCCAUUUGACAAAAGUGUAAACUACAGGAUGAGAAUCGCUCACUACCUUUAAGGCGGAUGUUGGUUGCACUGAAAUGUUAGGUCUAGUGUUGUGUUCCUCCAGACUCUCCAGAGUAAAUCCAGUCUAUUCUGUUUCCUUUCUAAUGUCAAUUGUUAGAUGUAUACUGACAGCCAAAUUGUGUGGUAGGAUAAAUGAGUCCUAACAUAAUGAACCUUUAUAUCUUGAGGUACUACACUUCAUAAAUACAAAGUAAAGGGUGAAUUUCCCGGCGGCUGGAUUAUUCCAUCUCGACAAAGCACACGGCAGCAAACAAAAGGCUGGUCUUCAUUAGGAACGUUUCUCAGAGGAGGAUCAAAAGACUGUUCCUCGUCCAGGAGCCUGUGCACAUUGCAUAACAAACCCGAUCCUUCUGACAACUCUGCCGGGCCAGCCCUACAAAGCAUCCUCACCUCAGCAGUCAACAUCUGAAUCACAAUGAGGCGUUCGCGAAUUUUAUGUGUGCUCGAGAUGACUGUGUGGGAAGUGAUACCAACAAAAAACGCCCCCUCAGGUGAAAAGCGUUUGGUGUCAGCCCACAUGGGAUCGAAAAAUAGAUCUCUUCAAUGGAAGGUCCAGAGGAGCUAUUGGGAGCUUCCACCCUCGCAUACUGAAUACUUCCUGCGCCACCUCCUCAAAAUGCAUGCCUUUUUUUCGUUUGCGACAAAUAAAGUCUGUCUCUGUUUGUCUCUUUA